UCUAGCUUUGCAUGCUCUCUCUCUCUCUCUCUAUAUAUAUAUAUAUUAUAUAUAUAUAUAUAUACAUUCAUUAAUUGAAGAAAUUAAAUGGGUCCAGUGGGAGCUGCGAAUCACCGACGGGUUCUGUCGGAGAAGGCCGCCGGCGACGGACAUGGAGAAAACUGUCCCUACUUCGACGGCUGGAAGGCCUACGAUGCCGACCCUUUUCACCCCACUGGGAACCCUAAUGGAGUCAUCCAAAUGGGUCUCGCAGAAAACCAGCUGUCUUUUGACCUGAUCAAGGACUGGAUUAGAAAGAACCCAAAAGCGUCGAUUUGCACCGGCGAAGGGGUGGAUGAGUUCGAGGCCGUCGCCGUCUUUCAGGAUUAUCAUGGCUUGCCGGAGUUUAGAAAUGCUGUUGCCAAGUUCAUGGGAAGAGUGAGAGGUGGGCGGGUCACAUUUGAUCCCAACCGGGUAGUGAUGGCCGGCGGCGCCACAGGAGCCACCGAGCUCCUCAUGUUCUGUUUGGCCGAUCCCGGCGACGCGUUCUUGGUUCCUACACCUUACUAUCCAGGAUGUGACCGGGACUUGAGGUGGCGGACCGGUGUGAAUCUAAUUCCGGUGACUUGCGAUAGCUCAAACAACUUCCAAAUCACGAGAGAAGCCCUAGAAGAAGUGUACGAGAGAGCCACAGAAGCCAAUAUCAAUGUGAAAGGCUUGAUCGUGAACAAUCCUUCCAACCCACUAGGCACCGUUCUUGACAAACAAACCCUCAAGAGCCUCGUCUCUUUCAUCGUCGACAAGAACAUCCAUCUCGUCUCCAAUGAAAUCUACUCUGCCACCGUUUUUCGGUCACCAAACUUCAUAAGCCUCUCCGAAAUCAUCCAAGAAACGACUGCUGUUGAUGCCAACCUCAUCCACAUCGUUUACAGCCUCUCCAAAGACCUGGGCCUCCCCGGAUUUAGGGUCGGUAUCGUCUAUUCCUACAACGACGCGGUGGUAUUGUGUGGCCGAAAAAUGUCAAGCUUUGGCUUGGUCUCAUCUCAAACGCAACAUCUUUUGGCUUCGAUGCUCUCCGACGAACAAUUCGUAGACAAUUUUUUGAUUGAGAGCUCAAAAAGGCUAGAAAAGAGGCACGGAAUCUUCACCGAAGGGUUGGCGAGAGCUGGGAUCGGUUGUCUAAGAGGCAACGGAGGGCUCUUCUGUUGGGUGGAUCUUCGCCAGCUGCUCAGGGAACAGACAUUCGAGGCAGAGAUUGAGUUGUGGAGGAUGAUAAUUGACGACGUCAAGCUCAAUGUUUCUCCAGGAUCUUCCUUUCAUUGCAUUGAACCUGGUUGGUUUAGGGUUUGCUUUGCCCUCAUGGAUGAUGACACACUUCAAGCUGCGUUACAAAGAAUUCAAACCUUUUUUGGGAGCUAUAAGUAAUUAAUCCAACACUACUCUAAGCCCUAUACUCUAAGUUUUAGCGACACUUAUCACUCUUUUCCUAUCAAGGAGUGAUUAUUAUUAUGUACGAAUGUAAACCCUAAACCUUGAACUUAUUUGAGUUGAUUAUAAUGUUUAGAGUUAUGCUUGACCCUAUACCUUAAGUUUUAGCAACACUUAUCACUCUUUUCCUCUAGUACUAUCAUCUUAUUUUU